AUGAAUGGUGUCCUACAGGUUACAUUUAUAGUCAUUUUGAGUGUGGAAUUUAUAAUUGGCAUCUUUGGCAAUGGAUUCAUAGCGGUGGUGAACAUAAAGGACUUGGUCAAGGGAAGGAAGAUCUCUUCAGUGGAUCAGAUCCUCACUGCUCUGGCCAUCUCCAGAAUUGCACUGCUGUGGUUAAUAUUAGUAAGUUGGUGGAUAUUUGUGCUUUACCCAGGACAAUGGAUGACUGAUAGAAGAGUUAGCAUAAUGCACAGUAUAUGGACAACAUUCAACCAGAGUAGUCUCUGGUUUGCUACAAGUCUCAGCAUCUUUUAUUUUUUCAAGAUAGCAAAUUUUUCCAACCCUAUUUUUCUUUAUUUAAAGGUCAGACUUAAAAAAGUCAUGAUAGGGACAUUGAUAAUGUCUUUGAUUCUCUUUUGUUUAAAUAUUAUCAUUAUGAAUGCACCUGAGAACAUUUUAAUCACUGAAUAUAAUGUAUCUAUGUCUUACAGCUUGAUUUUGAAUAACACACAGCUUUCUAUGCUGUUUCCAUUUGCCAACACCAUGUUUGGGUUCAUACCUUUUGCUGUGUCACUGGUCACUUUUGUCCUUCUUGUUUUCUCCCUGUGGAAACAUCAGAGAAAGAUGCAACACAGUGCCCAUGGAUGCAGAGAUGCCAGCACUAAGGCCCACAUCAGAGCCUUGCAGACAUUGAUUGCCUCCCUCCUCCUGUAUUCCAUUUUCUUCCUGUCUCAUGUUAUGAAGGUUUGGAGUGCUCUGCUUCUGGAGAGGACACUCCUGCUUUUGAUCACACAGGUUGCAAGAACAGCUUUUCCGUCAGUGCACUCCUGGGUCCUGAUUCUGGGCAAUGCUAAGAUGAGAAAGGCUUCUCUCUAUGUAUUCCUGUGGCUGAGGUGCAGGCACAAAGAAUGA